AUGGUUGCCCUUAGUUUACGCGCCAUUGGCGCUUGUCUGCUCAGCUUGCCCUUGAUUGCCAAUGGUGCCCCAGCUUCCACUAUUUCCGGAGCCUUUGAAGUUGUCGAGCAUCUCAACAACGUUCCCGAAACAUGGCAGCAGGGCGCAGCUCCAUCCCCCAAUACUGUCCUCCGCCUUCGCCUAGCGAUGCAGCACGACAAACUCGAAGAGUUUGAGCAACGGGUUAUGGACAUUUCCACCCCUGGGCAUGAGACCUAUGGCCAGCAUAUGAGCCGUGACGAAGUGAAAGCGUUUUUGCAGCCGCCUGCCCAUGCAUCCGAUGCGGUCCUCGCGUGGUUGCGAGAAGGCGGUGUCUCGACAAAGUCAGUCCAGCUAGACUCAGACUGGGUUCAUUUCAACAUUCCUGUCGAACAGGCCGAAAAAUUGCUCAACACCAAAUUCCAUUAUUACCGCAACACAGUAAACCAGGCCCAGAUUCUGCGAACUUUGGAAUACUCUGUUCCCAAGAGCGUUGCUCCAUACGUUCAUAUGAUCCAGCCGACGACAAAAUUCAGCGAGCCUAGACCGCAGUUCAAUGGCGUCUUCGAAGAACACAACCUCCCUGCAUUCAGAGCCGCAGAAGUGGAUUGCAACAAAACGAUCACCCCAGACUGCCUGCGAGACCUAUACAAGAUGGGAGACUUCCUUGCCGGUCCUGACCCGAGAAACAAGUUAGGUAUUUCGGGAUACCUCGAACAGUUUGCUAGAAAGGGUGACUUUGCCAAAUUCCUCGACCUUUACGCCCCCAAACUCAAGGGCACCGAAUUUGAUGUUGUGUCCAUCAAGGGAGGCCGAAACGACCAGAACUCUACUCUGAACAGUGUCGAGGCAAGCUUGGACGUGGACUAUGCCAUUGGCCUCUCCAAUGCCAAGUCCGUCUACUACACGACUGCCGGUCGUGGACCACUGAUCCCUGACUUGGAUCAGCCGGACGCUGACGACAGCUCAAAUGAGCCGUACUUGGACCAGCUUCACUAUUUGUUGUCCCUGCCCGAUCGCGAGCUCCCCUCGGUCCUCUCCACAUCGUAUGGAGAGAACGAGCAGAGCGUGCCAAAGAAGUACACUGAUUCGGCAUGCAACCUAUUUGCCCGCCUGGGCGCCCGAGGUGUUUCGGUCAUCUUCAGCAGUGGCGAUACCGGUGUUGCUUCCGCCUGCCAGACCAAUGAUGGCAAGAACACGACCCGAUUCCUCCCAAUCUUCCCUGCUGCUUGCCCCUUCGUGACUUCAGUUGGCGCCACAACCAACAUUAACCCAGAAAGAGCCAUUUACUUCUCUUCCGGUGGUUUCUCUGACAGAUACCGACGUCCAUUUUACCAAGAACAUGCUGUUUCGCAUUAUCUGCACAGGGAGCUUGGUGACCGUUGGAAAGGUUUGUAUAAUCCACGGGGACGUGGUUUCCCAGAUGUGGCCGCUCAGGGAUACAAGUUCGCCGUGGUCGACCACGACAAAAUCCUUGGGGUAUCCGGAACAAGUGCUUCCGCACCGGCUUUUGCCGCUAUCGUCGCAAACCUCAAUGCUGUGCGCUUAGCUCAUGGCAAGCGGGUCCUUGGGUUCCUGAACCCAUUCCUCUAUUCUGUUGGACGCGUCGGUUUCACUGAUAUCGUGCACGGCGGUUCCACCGGAUGUACGGGCAAGGACAUGUACAGCGGCUUGCCAACCCCGAUCGUUCCCUUCGCCAGCUGGAACGCUACUAGGGGCUGGGAUCCAGUCACCGGGCUGGGCACACCCAACUUCCAGGUCCUCAAGAAGCUCGUGACGAUAGUGUAG